CGACUUGAUCAAAAAAAAAAGUUUGAUCAAUGUUCUAAAGUUUCCUGAACGAAGAAAAGAAAGAAAAGAUAAAACAGAAAUUCCAGUUCCUAUUGCGAUUCCGAUUCCAAUUUAAAUUCAAAUUCGAAGUUGCCCAUCUUGUGGUUAUAACGAUUUCGAUCUCUCUGUUGAAGAAUCUGAUUCUUUGGUAAAUGUAAAAAUGGUGGCUGAAGCCGAGGUUGUUGUUUGUUCGAAGAGCCUCCCGGUUUUGGAGGUCCCGUAUUUUGGUAAAGAGACUUGUCUUGUUGAUGAAAUUGAGUCCAUCGAUGGUGGGAUUUCGAUUGAUCCGACUCUUGAUCGCGUUCGUGCUUCCGAGUCGGUUUGUUCCAGUUCUCAAUCGGAUAAACCCAUGAAGAAAAUUACAGACUCCGAGGUCGAUACGGCCAACGGAAGGGAAUUUCCGAGCCUCCGGUCGGGAAGUUUUGCUGAUAUUGGACCUAGGAGAUACAUGGAAGAUGAACAUAUAAGGAUAGAUGAUUUAUCUUCACAUUUAGGAUCGCUCUUUAAGUUUCCCAAGCCAAGUGCUUUCUAUGGGGUGUUUGAUGGACAUGGAGGUCCUGAAGCCGCAGCUUAUAUCAGAAAGAAUGUUCUUAGACUCUUUUUCGAGGAUGUUAGUUUCCCUCAAAUUCCAGAUAUCGAUGAAGUCUUGCCGGGGGAGAUUGAAACUUGCCUUCGAAAGGCAUUUCUUCUUGCUGAUCGAGCUCUUGCUGAUGAUUCCAGUGUCAGCAGCUCAUCUGGGACGACGGCCCUGACAGCUCUUGUUCUUGGAAGGCUUUUAAUGGUGGCAAAUGCUGGAGACUGCCGAGCAGUUCUCAGCCGGAAUGGAGAGGCAGUAGAUAUGUCUCAGGACCAUCGGCCGGUAUACUCUCUAGAGAAGCAACGAGUUGAAGAGUUGGGUGGCUAUGUUGAUGGUGGCUAUCUCAAUGGUGUUUUAUCGGUUUCUAGGGCUUUAGGGGAUUGGGACAUGAAGCUCCCAGAUGGUACUCCUUCACCUCUCAUUGCAGAACCAGAAUGCAGGCAGAUGGUUCUUACAGAAGAGGAUGAGUUCUUGAUCAUAGCCUGCGACGGGAUAUGGGACGUGAUGUCAAGCCAGCAAGCAGUCAAUGUAGUUCGACAGGGACUCCAACGCCACGACGACCCUGAGCGGUGUGCAAGAGACCUUGUCCUGCAGGCUUUGCGAUUAGACUCAUUCGAUAACCUAACUGUUGUUGUUGUUUGCUUCUCAAGUUUCCAUCCCGGCAAUUCUCCACUACCGCAGCAGCAAAAGUUACGAUACUGCAGUCUCUCAGCACAGGCUCUUUGUAGCUUGCAAAAAUGGUUGGAUAACAGUGGAUGCCAAUGAGUGUAAUUGCUUUCCUGUAAAACCCUCUCAUUUGUAACAACAGAUUGAAGAGUUCAGUAACUGCAAUCUCAUUUGUUGUGAUGUAAAUAAUUUUCUGAGAUACCAUCAACUCUUCUUUAGGUUGCAGAUUAUGUAUGAACACAUAUCAAUAAAUCAGCUGGACUCGGCAUAUUUUUGUAAAGUAAAUGAGAUUCUUUAGUAAAACA